AUGUUGCACUUCGUAUAUCGAAACUUAUUACUCAUUUUAUUCUCAGUCUCAACACGACCAAUUCUUCAAUCUUUCGUAUCUUCAUAUAAAUCUGAUUUUUUCCGAUGCGACUCUGUUGAGAAUGGAUCAUUAACUCCACCUUAUGCCUGCUCUUACUCCCAUUCUGCAAAGGCAGGAAGAACGUCUCACCUGGCGGUAUCCACGGAGGAGGGCGCGGUGCACAUAUUCGACACCCGAAAACGGAGUGAAUGGGACCCAGAACCUAUUCGAACAACUCUCCGGCCUCAUGAUAAUGGUGUAUACGAUGUCAAAUGGAGCGCCUCUGACUCUUGUUUGGCUACGUGCUCUGCAGACAGAUCCAUUCGAAUAUCGUGCAUUAAUACCUCCCAAGUGCUGCAUACACUUACCGGCCAUGCUUCUAGCGUCAAACGCGCAGCAUGGCAUCCAUCGAAUGAUUCUCUAGUGUGCUCAGGAGGGCGGGACGGCAUGAUCUGUAUCUGGGACCUUCGUAUUCGACAAAGUAAUGCAUUAGGUCAAUCGUCUGUCUUCAACAUUCCCAAUGCACAUGAGUCAUUGCUGCCUAGCGGACGCCGCACAAAGCAACAUACGCCUAAGACUAUCACCAACCUGAUUUUGAAUGAAGGCAUGAAUCUGGUUAGCAGCGGAUCAUCAGAUGGAGUCUUACGUUGUUGGGAUCUACGAUUUUUGUCGAGUUCAACAAUACGUUCCACAGCCAAAUCCAAACGGUUCACGCCAUCCCUUUGUACUCCUACUGACCCCACCACUUUACAUGGAUCACGCCGACCUCGAGGAAUUCUGAGUUUGACAAAGGGUACAGGACCCAGUUCUGGACUGCUGUUCGCGCUAGGGGCCGAUUCGCGUAUCCACACUUACGUCGCGUCGUCUCUCUCGUCACUGCCUAUCAGCUUCACUGAUCCCAAUAUCCAAGUCAACGGUUCUUUCUAUAUCUCAUCGGCGGUUUCUCCAUGUGGGGAGUGGCUAGCGAGCGGCGGCGGGAAAAGCGCUCUAUUAUUCGAUAUUGCUGCAGCUGCGAAACCUUAUGCGCGAGCGUCGCCUGGUGUGGAACUGAAGGCCCAAACUGGUGAAGUAUACGCUGUAGACUGGGCUGAUGGGAUGUUAGCUAGUUGUGCUGAUGAUAGGACGGUUCGCAUUUGGAGGCCUGACGUAGACGUCUAUCGAAGAUGUUUGGAGGAUCCUGACGAUUACAAAUGGAAAUGGAGCUGGUCAGUUAGCAGCUAG